CAUACUCUAGUGCUGGCGUAAGGUUUUCUCUUCUUUCUCAUCGAAGUUAAAUCCAAGUUUUUCAAAAGAUAAAGGAUAAUUCAGUGUUAGACUGGAUAUAAUGCUGAUUAUCCCUUAAUCACAGACGUCAAUUUUUUUUUUUUUUUAAAAAGGACCCAUGUUUUUUAUUCUUGUGGGAAAGUAAAGAAAAAAAGAGAAGUCACCAUUGUUCGAACUGGAUCGUCUAACGCUUCCCAGAUUUCCUGUCCCUGUGUGGAAGAAUUACCGAGGGGAGCUGACAAGAGAUUGAGAGGCAGUGACGCAAAACACACUGUAUACGAAAGCAGCCGUGUGGACUGACACUCAGGACUCUGCAGCUCUGUCUAACGCUCAUGGGGUUACUGUUCCUUGUCAACAAUAAGCAGAGGGACAUUCGUAUACUUCACCACAUUGGGUGACUUUUUGUUUGGAUUGCCUUUUCUUUCUCAACUCCCAUUGACCAAAGAUUUAUUUUUCUUUCUUGUUGGCUCUUGUUUUUAAACGCAACCAUUUUUUCGGGAACGAAACUGGGAUUUUCCCUCAUAUUAUGCACUUCAAUGGAUACCAGUGCCUCAGUAGUUAGCAAGCGAGCUGAGGAGCAGUCCCUUCAUGUCCGCUACAGGAUGGAGGUGUCCUGCCUGGAGCUGGCACUGGAGGGUGAGCGGCUCUGUAAGGUGGGCGACUUCAGAGCAGGCGUCUCCUUCUUUGAAGCUGCCAUCCAGGUGGGCACAGAGGACCUGCAGGUGCUCAGUGCUAUCUACAGCCAGCUGGGCAAUGCUUACUUCCACCUGCAUGACUACGCCAAGGCUCUGGAGUUCCACCGGCAUGACCUCACCUUGACCAGAACAAUUGGUGACCUGCUUGGAGAAGCCAAAGCCAGUGGAAACCUUGGUAACACAUUAAAGGUGUUGGGGCGGUUUGAUGAGGCUGUGGUUUGCUGUCAGAGGCACUUGGACGUAGCGAGGGACAUUAAUGACAAGGUGGGUCAGGCGCGAGCUCUGUAUAACUUUGGGAACGUGUACCAUGCCAAAGGCAAAAGUAUCUGCUGGAGUGGAGCUGAACCUGGAGAUUUUCCAGAGGAAGUCAUGGUGGCACUGAGGAAGGCAGCGGAGUACUAUGAGGCUAACUUAGCGAUUGUGAAGGAGCUUGGAGACCGGGCCGCCCAGGGUCGAACUUAUGGAAACCUCGGCAACACACACUAUUUGUUGGGAAACUUUCACAAAGCCGUGGCUUCUCAUGAACAGCGCUUACACAUAGCUAAAGAGUUUGGUGACCGUUCGGCAGAGAGACGGGCUUACUGCAACCUGGGGAACGCCUAUAUCUUUUUGGGGGAAUUUGAAGUGGCAGCUGAGCAUUACAAGAAGACACUGCAGCUGGCGAGGCAGUUGAAGGAUCGAGCUGUGGAGGCCCAGGCGUGCUACAGUCUGGGCAACACCUACACACUUCUCCAGGACUAUGAGAGAGCCAUAGACUACCACCUCAAACACCUCAUCAUAGCCCAGGACCUCAAUGACAGGAUUGGGGAGGGCCGUGCCUGCUGGAGUCUGGGAAAUGCUCACACUGCACUGGGGAACCAUGACCAGGCCAUACACUUUGCUGAGAAACACCUGGAGAUCUGCAAAGAGACUGGAGACAGGAGCGGGGAGCUGACGGCUCGAAUGAACGUGUCCGAUCUCCAGAUGGUUCUGGGUCUGAGCUACAGCACAAAUAACUCCACCCUCUCAGAGAUAAAGGAUGUAGACUACAACCUGCAUGGAGCCAGGCCCAGGAUGAGCAGAAGACACAGCAUGGAGAACCUGGAGCUCAUGAAACUCACGCCGGACAAAAUGAAUGGUCAGAAGUGGAACAGUGACAUCCUGACCAAACAGUCCAAACCCUCUCUGGCUAAGAGCUCCUCCAAGCUGUUCUUUGUCAGCCGUUUGCGUGGGAAGAAGUACAAGGCUGGUGGCUCCAGUAAGGUCCUCCAGGACACCAGCAAUACCCUGGACACCAGUCAGACCCCUGCAACGGGACCACAGAAGCGACCCAGUCCUGACAUGCUCGGAGACGAGGGCUUCUUUGACCUGCUGAGCCGGUUCCAGAGCAACCGUAUGGAUGACCAACGCUGUUCAAUACAGGAUAAGGGCAGCAGGUUAUCGUUAAACAGCGGCCCAGAGUCGCCUCCUAGAGCCAUCAGGAAGUCUGUGUCAGAGUCUGCCAACAUCUUAGGUGCCCAAGGCCGGCGGUUAGAGGAGUCGUCAGCAACAGGGGGAAGCCUGCCCGGCCUCAGGCUCCAUCAAAACAGCAACCAGGCCGUGCUCAGCCACCUGAUGGCCAACACUGACAGCGCUGAGCCUGACGACAACUUCUUUGAUAUGCUUGUCAAGUGCCAGGGUUCCCGUUUGGAUGACCAGCGCUGUGCCCCUCCCCCUCCUCCGGUCCGAGGGCCCACUGUACCAGACGAGGACUUCUUCAGCCUCAUCAUGCGCUCUCAGGCCAAACGAAUGGACGAGCAACGUGUCACCCUGCCUUCUGCCGCCAGGCCGAGCUCCAGCUCCAACCAACAGAACUAAGCACAACAGGGGCAUACAGGUUUUUUUUUUUUUUAAAUGUCAUGAAGGAGUGGACAGCAUAGUGAUUGACCAGUGGGGUGGUCACUCAGAAGAAAGCCUUUUGUCUCUUUAUAUUUGUCUUUUUGGACAAAACAAAACACUAUCUGCAUUGUAUGUAGUGUACAGUAUGGAAAAAUCUCAAAUUAACGAGGACUUGUUUCGCACAACUUGCACAACACCAACAAACUCUCAGUAGUAUCAGGGACAAAAGUGUUUUGUUUUUUUUAUUCCUUGUUUUUCAUGAUUCUGUGCUUCUGCAAAUUACAUUUCACCUUAUGUGUAUUUUAAUACACAACUGCAGUUAUGUUCGUAUUUAUUGUACUUUUAUGAUUGUUACGAUUCUGCUAACUGCCAUCCCACCACUAUAAAGUAAUGUGGUUAUACUCAGUGGACACAGAGGUACAGCACUCUUUCCAUGUAUUUUGUUUAUACGUAAGGUUUUCAUUUGGUUUAACAAUUACCGAGGUCAGACAGAGGAAAUUUACAAACUAUUUUAAGCAAACUUUGAUAAAAGAAUUAAUUUAAUCCGUGUACAGCCCUUAUGGUCUUUUGUACUAAAUGUUUUGAGUGAGGUCAGAGGCUCAUUCAAGUAGGCAUCUUGCUUUGACUUUUUUUAAAAUGUUUAAUGUAAAUGUUUAAUUUCAACUAAACACAAAACAAACA